UUCAAUUCUUUGGAUCAAUUUUAAAUAUUUGUACUCUCGUAUUCAGUUUAUCAAACAAGAAUGAAAUUAAUGACAGGGUAAUUAUUCAAAGUAUGGCGCUAAUAGCUUUCUUACUUCAAAUAUUCCUUUAUUGUCAUUUUGGAAAUGAAGUUAUGUUAAAAAGUAUGAAAUUAGCAAAUGUUAUGAGUACUAUGGAUUGGACAGAAUUAUCAAAAAAAGCAAAACAUGGACUUCUUCUUAUAUGUGUACGUGCAAGUAAUCCAAUAAUUAUUACAAGUGGAUCUGUUAUCCCUAUGACUUAUGAUACUUUUCUUAAGAUUUUGAAAACAUCUUACACAGCUUAUAAUUUACUUCAAAAUGCAGAAGCAUAAUGUAACCAGAUAUUUAAAAAAAGAUGUAAAUAUAUUGUAAUUUACGGAAACCACUUCUCGAAGAAAUGCCCGGCUAAAAGAGCUAAAUAGAAGAAAAUUAAAAAUAAUUUUUUGAAUUAUAAAUAAUAUAAAGGUCAAACCACUGAAAAUCAUCUGAAAGUGGUUGCUGACAUAUUUUUACUAAAAAAGGUUAAUUCUACACGGAGAGAAAAAAUAUUUCAAUUGGAUAAAUAUAAAUUCAAUGUUAAAUGAUAAUAAAUAAAUAAUGAAAUGAAUAAAAAAGAUAAAAAGAAAAGAGAUAAGGUAGAAUAAAAUUUUUAAUUUUACAAAAAAACUGUUUGUUAUAUCAACCAAACAUUUUUGUUGACCUAACAAAAAAAAUUUGGUUGAGCUAACCAAACAUUUUUGUUAUGCCAACAAAAAAAACUCAACCAAAUUUUUUUGGUAACUCAAACAAAUAGUUUGGUUGCUUAAAUACCAACAAAAUUUUUUUGUUCGCCCAACCAAAUUUUGGUUGCUCUGAUUUUUCUCAGUGUUCCGGGGAAGAGUCAGCAUGUUAAUAUGCUCUAGCACACUGGCGCCCUCUUAUUUAUUAUGCAAAUACUUGCUAGUGAUGGCAACUAACUUUUCACAUCAGUGACAGUAAAAUGCAAUUGCAAUAAACAUUUAUUUUUUCAAGAAAAACAAAAUAAGAGCUAAAAUGACAACCCAAAACUUUUUUACAGUGACAGAAAAGUCAAUUAAAUAACAGAAAAAAUGAGCAAACAAUAUAAUAAAAUGACAGAAAUUGUUCAUUACAAUGUAAUUUAAAAGUUUCAAGCAUUAUUUAGCGUUAUUGUUAUUAUGUUUGUUUAGCGUGUUUUUGCUUACGACGCCGUUCGUCAUGGUUGGGCCACCCACCAAUUUUGUAAUAUUAUCAUAAUAAAUUUUGGUACUAUUUUUUAACUUUUUAGACUAGUUUCGCGAAUAAUCGGAUUUUGGUUCAGGGGGCUAAUUUUAUUUUAAUUUCAGAUUAUAUUUUAUCAUUUUCAGCUCAAUUUCAGUAUUUUUCUGCCAUUUGCGGGUCCUUUUUGGUCAAUUUCCUUCAUUUCAUAUUAAUUUACUACAGUGGCCCAAGCAUCAAGCCCUGGCCCAACCUAUACGACAAAAAUUUUUUUUAAAUGCCUGUAACUUUUACACUAUUGAUUUAAUCAUUUUCUGAUGUUGAGAAGAAACAUUCCACUUUAGUGUAUCUUUCCAACCAUAUACGAGAGAAUUUAAAAUUUACCCUGAAACGGAAGUUAUGGGCACAAAUCAAAAACUGGCCCAACCAUGCUAACUCUCCCCUAAUAAUUCCAUCAUUUUUUGAUGUAGAAUAAUUUAAUUUAUGUUUUUGGUAAGUAAUAAUAUCUAAUACUUCAUAGUUUUUGAAUAAUUAUAUUUUCAAAAAAAGUGCAACAUUUAUAAGGUUACUAAAUGACGUCGUGAACCUCCUACUUUUAAUAAAUUAUAAUUUAAAACGAAAUAAAAUUUACACGGUAAUAUUAUGACCAAUGAACUUACAAUUAGAAAUUCACCUAGUUUUACAUUUAUUAAAACAAAAUUUUUUAAAAAUAUGCCAGCAACCACUCUCAGAUGAUCUUCAGGGGGUCGAUUACGUAACUUUCCCACUUCCCAUAUUUCACACCCUACUUCCCACUUCCCAUCUUUCACAUCCCACUUCCCAUAUUUCACACCCCAGUUCCCACAUCCCACAUCCCAUAUUUCACAUCCCAUAUUUCACAUCUCACUUCCUAUAUUUCACAUCCCACUUCUCACUUCCCAUUUUUCAUAUACCACUUCCCAUCUUUCACAUACCACAUCCCAUAUUUCACAUUCCACAUCUCACUUCCCACAUUUGUGGUAUGUGAAAGAUGCGUAGUGAGAUGUGAGAAGUGGGAUGUAAAAUGUGGAAAGUGGCACAUGUGAUUUAUGGCAAGUGGGAUGUGAAAUAUGGGAAGUGAGAUGUGGGAUGUGAAAUGUGGGAAGUGAGAUGUAUGAAGUGAGAUGAUGGAUGUGGGAAGUGGUAUGUAAAAUGUAGGAAGUGAGAAGUGGGAUGUAAAAUGUGGGAAGUGGGAUGUACAAUGUAGGAAGUGAGAUGUGGGAUAUGGGAAGUGGGAUGUAAAAUGUGGGAAGUGAGAUGUGGGAUGUGGGAAGUGGGAAAGUUACGUAAUCGACCCCCAGUGGUUUGUCCCUAUAAUUAAUAAACAAAAAUCCUGAAAAUUUUUACUACAACUGUUACUGUAAAUUAGAAUUAAUUGUGUUGGAUGUAGGUAUGGUAGACUUUUUAAUUGUAAUAUAAUAAAUUGCACAGUCAGUCAGAUAUUUUAUAUUUGACAUGACCUAUGAAAUAAUAAAAUAUAUAGAUAUGAAUGAAAAUAA